AUGCGCCUCCUCUCCGUCCUUCUGCUCUGCCUGGCAGUCACGGAGACACAUGCCGCUUCCCCCCCGCGGUUGGUCCUCCGUCAAGAACCCUCUGGGGCGCCGCCCGCGGUCGACACCCCCACGCCAUCGCCGGCCGCUCCUGACCCUCCUAGCUCAAGUCAAAGCCCAGUGAUAUCCGACCCGACUCCCGUGGCUCCGGAUCCACCCCCAGUCUCCGUGCCGUCCGACCCAGUUACGGUGACUCAAGCCCCGGACACCAAUACUCAGACAGGCGGAACUCCUACGUCCUCAACGCCGACCGGGGAGCAGGUCACAUCGUCAGCCGUGGCCGACUGGCCGUGCCGGAGUGAAUGCAACGACCCCGGUUCCGGUAGUCUCCCAUCACUGUGCCAAGACAAGACCAGCGAGGCAUGCCGGGCGGAAUGCCGAUCGAACUCGAUCACGAUCUGUAUGGAUUGCGUCAAAGCCAACGCUGGAAAUCCGCAGGUCGAGGAACGGUAUCGCGAGAGGAUCGAGGGAUACUGGAACGAAUAUCAAGUGCCAUUCUGUGAGGCGGACACGCCCUGUGGGCUCGAGUGCGACAAUCCAGGCGCUGGCUAUGUUGCAACUGCUUGCGGCGAAAGUAAAGCGAGCACCUGGUGUCAAUACCAAUGCGGCGAAAACCCUAUCAGGAAGUGUCUGGAUUGUGUCAAGACCAACUCGGGGAAUCAACGUGUUCAAGAACUCUAUCUCCAGAAAGUCAAUGGACUGUAUGACGAGUACAUUGCUCCGUGGUGCGACUUGGCCGGAACCAAGUUCGGGUUGUGCCCCCUGUGUGACCAGCUCUCCGCUCUUUUGCCAAACUACAGGAAUUGUACCACCAAGGAGGAGUGCCAGUCUGGAGAUGGAUGUAGCGAAAGGAUUCUGUCUCUCGUGAACCAAUGCAAAGCCUGCAUGGACGUGGACAGCAAGGCGACCAGCGAGGGCAAGGCCGAGAUGGACAACUUCCUCAGCUGGCGCCAGGAAUGGUGCACCGGCACCACAAUCACCGACUGCAGUGCUGAGUGCGAGACGAUCGGAGCGGCCAUGAACGCCAGCUGCACGGACGGGAACAUUGCUUGCAGCGGCCUGUGUCCAAACUACCAAGCGGCGGAGAAGUGCUGGACGUGCCAGAACAGGUUUGACUUCCGCUACGCAUACCCGCAAGCCGCUCUUUCCUUCUAUUGCGAGCAGGAGGAAGGGAAGAACUGUGCCUGGGUUGGGGCGACAUACGCCAAAGACUGUGCUGCCCUCACGAACAAGAGCGAGUGUGUGCUUUGCGGUGGCGCGGACAGCCGCCCCGCUCUCGACAAGUGCAACAAAGAUGUGCCCAUCUCAGACCUGUACGCGCCGCAACAGGCCACAGUCAUGGACGCGCUCGCGCAAGUAUACGCCGGCUGCAUUAUCACCGGAGGGCCCAACCCCAAAGGGUGUGCGCAAGAGUGCGAAAGCAUUCUCCAGAGGUACACCGACAUGUGUCCACGCGCAUGUAAUGGGAUGUGUACGGCUGAGAACCUCGACGCCAUGGACGUGUGCAACGCCUGCGCACACAGCAACGAAAGUGUGUACUCGGACACGGUCAGAACUAGGAUCCGGGACCAUGUUGCCCACCUCGCGGACUGGUGCAACACCAUCGUAAUCGUAGAGAACAUCACGACGACUAUACCGGUCAAGCCCCCGGGGUCCGUCCAAGUCCCGGACCCGAGGGAUAUCAAGAACGAAGUGGACCGAGAGAACAGGAACCCGCCGCCACGCAAUACCACGACCCCUCGACCAAACCCGUUCGGCAACACGACAGUCCCGAUCAACACCAAGAGCGACAGCACGGGUGGCGGCGGCAUUCCGACAUGGGGCAUCGGCGUGGCUGCCGCUGGCAGUGUGGUCGUUGUUGCAGGCGCGGCAGCGGCAAUCAUCGCCAACGGGUAUGAGUGCGACCCUGACCACCGUCGCCUCCGUCGCAAGAAGAAGAACAAGAAGAAGAAGAAUAACAACAAUGACAUGCCGGCACCAGAGUGGCAGCAGGAGCCCGAGAAGCCCCAGGUCGUCGGGUACAUGAUGCCUACGCAGGAGUAUGCGCCGGUCCCAACUCAAGAGCCGCCAAACCCUCAAUAUGGCCAGCAUUACGCACAGGCGCCGUACGGCCAGUCCAGCGGGUAUCCCCAAGGGGGCCGAUACUGAAAGUGACGGAAUUACAAAAAUAUAAGAUCUAAGCGAAGGAAAACGGCCGGCGAGACAUGGCAAUGUACCAGUAUGCAAGGUUGUGGACUCGACUCCUUGACCUGCUCUCAGCAGCAGCGGCUCGGCUAAUAUGUACUGAACUCACCAGCAGGUCACACGCUCCCAGUGCCGCCGAAGUUCCAGCGAGAGCUGUGCAGCGCGACAGGGAACGUGAAUGGCAGCCCCACC